AGUUGAUAAAGUCGCAGAUAUUAAAUUAGAUUAAUAAAAAUGAGUAUUAAAAUCAAUUAAUUAAAUUAAUUAUCUAAACCGAAUGUUCAAGGCAGAAUUCAGUUCUGAUCAUAAAGAUAGGACCAACGGAGGUUAAGAAAUAUGGAAAUAUUGGAAGAUAUCAACAGAAGCAAAGACUCAACGUCGACUGAAGUUAAGAGAUUCUUCGCAAAGUCGCAAGAAAGUGAAAGAACGCAACGAGACAAUGAUUUUGACAAACGCAAGAAUGCCAUUGUAUUGGAUGAUGGUGACAAUUAUCAAAUGAAUGACGAUAAAGAAGACGAUGAAUCGAAUAGGCCUAUUCCUGUAGAAACGAAAGCUGGAGUUCUUCAGAGAUCGCCCGUCCACAGGAACCCCGUGUUUGAUGACGCAGUGCGUAAGAGAGCACGCAUGCGCAAAGACUCUGGAACUGAGCCGAAAAAAGGGUACUUCCGUCGUCCAAAACCCCCAUAUUCGUACAUCGCACUCAUUGCUAUGGCGAUUGAAGACUCACCUAAGAAAAGAUUAACACUUUCAGAAAUCAACGACUAUCUCAUGAAAAAGUUCGACUUUUUCCGAGGUGCAUAUACAGGUUGGCGUAAUUCCAUUCGGCACAAUUUGUCGCUGAACGAGUGUUUCACGAAGGUACUACGUGAUCCUGGACGACCUUGGGGAAAAGACAACUAUUGGAUGAUCAACCCGAACAGCGAUUACACGUUCGCGGAUGGCAUUUUCCGACGUCGCCGUAAACGUUUAAAUCGACGAGCAAGAUCACCGUACGCCGCGGGGUGUUCGACGUGCGACACUUCUGGAAGGAACGCCGAUAGUUCCCAUAUGGACAAUAAAUUCAACGGACCAUUCAGUAUUGAGAGUUUACUUGGGGACGCAACGAAUCAUGAACCAGAAAACAAAGUUCUUCGAAUUAGAGACUCUACAGAUGCGCUAAAUAGCCACCCCACCCAUCGGAAUCGCAAGUUUGAGACAAACACGGACGUCGUUCCAAAUCCGUUCCGGAUGAAUGCAGCGAGUAGGGCCCUUCCUCAUCCACAUCCGUUAAUGUUCACGCAUGCGCACACAGGACUGAAUCCAAUAUUACCGCAUGGAAUGAUGGUCCCCAAUGGUGCAAUUAUACCACCUUAUCUCUACUGGGAACCUAUGUUCCUCUUUUACUCCCACCUCAGAGCAUCUCAGCCAUAUCUUUUCAAAUAGAUUUGACGCAACUUUGAUUUGUGAUAAAUCUUAUUGUUCAAUAAGUCAUUAGAAUUUUCAAUUUCGUUUUUAGUAAAUUUUUCAUUGAAAAGACUGGACUAUAUAAGUGCAAAGUAAGUCUAAGCAAAGUGAAAUGUAUAUUGUGCUGGUUAAUCAAUUGUACGGGAGUUUUUAUUGUGAUGUUUCAAAGUAAAUACAAAGAAUUCAGUAUUCAAUAUUUGUCAUACUAUUUUUCAAUUAUUUUGAUUUCCUUUUGAAUGUCUGAUCUCGAUAUCACUGAUUCUUGGAAUUGGAGUAUUUCCGCAAGGAUUCAUUGAAGUACGCGAAACCAAUACAAUACAAUACAAUUAAUUGCAGCAAAAAUUAUGUUUUCCACUUUUAUAUUUUGCAAUUUAGAGAUGUGUUGGGGGUAUUUCUCGGUAUCCUUUGCUCUACAGAUUAACAGAACAAUGAUAUGUCCCGCCCAUUUCUGCUGAGUUUAUUGCAGAAUAUUAUUUUAAUUAAAAUCAAAUAAAAAUAUGUUCUGCAAUAAAAUCAGAAAUGUU